AUGGCUAAAGUUGACAAGAAAGUGCCAAAUAACUGGAUAAUUACCGAUACUUUAUUAACGUAUCAUUUCAGACCACGCAGUCUUAUGGGUUUCGACAGGUCAAAGAUUUUGCAAGAAACGAACGUAAAUUCGAUUGUGGAAAAGAUUAAUAAUCGAAUGGAUAUCAAAAAUGCUAUACAAUUUAGUAAUCAAGACAUUUUGGAUAGAGAGAAUCGUACACUAUCUGUUAAAGCUACAUCACCUGUACAACGCAAUCUUAUUGGCAGGCACGGUGAAAUUGUAUUUCUCGGUACCGGCUCCUGCUAUCCAUCGAAAUAUAGAAAUGUCUCCUCCAUUUUGUUACGUCUAAAUAAGAAUAGCUGCAUGUUAAUGGAUUGUGGCGAGGGUACGUUUGGGCAAUUAUAUCGACACUAUGGUAGCGAACUAAGCGAUAUCUUGCGACAGCUGAAAUUUAUCUUCAUAUCCCAUAUGCACGCUGACCAUCAUCAGGGUAUCGUUGAAGUAUUACUGGAGCAUAAACGGGCUACUCAGAGUACCGAUGGAUAUUAUUCACCUCUUUAUGUUAUUGGACCAUGGGCAAUAAACAAGUUCUUAAACGAAUAUAAUUCGUAUUUUGAAAGUGUACAAUGGAGAUUUAUGUCAGCCACAGAAUUCUUUAAGGAAGUUUGUGUAUUUAGUGAUGUAGUAAAAACCGAAUUAGGCAUUAUAAAACUGAAAACCGUUUAUGCAGAUCACUGUAAAGGAGCUUUUUGCAUAGCUCUAACACACAGAGAAGGCUGGAAGCUAGCUUAUUCAGGCGAUACCCAACCAAGUUCUAAAUUUGUUGAAAUUGGUAAGGAUGCAGACGUAUUAAUACAUGAAGCCACUUUCGAAGAUGAUUUAGUCGAUGAAGCCAGAAGUAGAAAGCACAGCACGACAUCCGAAGCAAUUGAAAUUGGUGUUAAAAUGAAUGCAAAAUUUACCAUUCUUACGCAUUUCAGCCAACGGUAUCCUAAAAUUCCAGCUUUUAGUGAGAAUUAUAGCGAUCGAACUGGAAUCGCUUAUGACCACAUGACGGUAAACUCUGAAAGUAUCCUUUUCCUACCAAGAUUACUAAAACCUCUUAAUAUAAUUUUUAAAGAGGAAGAAGAAAUAGAAGACUAA